AUGGCCAUGCGCUCCUGGACCCCCGAUCUGGGAUUUGUCAACAAGAAGUUGGUGCGGCCAGCCUCGGUCUCCACAAGCCUGUCCCUGGAGCUAUGCACCUUCCCCACUACCCUGGGCUCCUCCGUAGCUGCCAAUGCGUUAGAGCAGCUUUUUGUUGUAGAAAAAUCUCUGCAAGGGGACUAUUUCACGUGCAAUGAAGAAGUUAAGACCUUUCUUAAGGACAUUACUGUAGCUGUUAAAAAGCUGGAAGAAAUGCGAAAAAAUACAAUAGAGAUGCUGGAAAUUGAGAGCAUGGAGUUGAGCAGACUCUACUUUCUGCUGGAGACUGUGCCGAACAGCAUGCACAGGGAGCUGGAAGAAUGUAUCUCAGAGGCUCGAAAACUCAAUAUCUUAGAGAUAAGUCAAAUGAGAAGAAAGAUUGAGAAGAUGAAAAGUGAAGUAAAGCUUCUAAACAGCGAAAUAAGCGACCUGAAGAACAUAAACGAAGUUCUGGGAAUAAAGCAAGCAGAGCUGGCGAAGCAGCAUGCAAAGUUUGUCCUGAUGCUGAACCAAACCUUGGAAGAGAAAGCCGUAGCCACUAUCUACAUAAAUGACACCUAUACCAGAAUAAACUUUGAGAAAGAAGAGAUAGGACUCCAAAAACAAUGUCUGAAAGAGGCAUCUGGUUUAAUUGAAAAACAUAAACAAGAGUUUUUGGAAAAGAAAGAACAUUUGGCUGUCCAUAUUAAGGAGGUGAAGCAGUCCUGUGAGGAACGGAGAAAAGAGGCAUAUUUGAAGAGGAAAGAAUUGACCAGAUUGCAAAAUAAAAUAAUAAAAAUGAAGCAAACGGUUACUUCCAGCUCAGUGAUAAUUAGUGACCAAGGUAUAGAGAUAGCGCGGCUACAGGAAGCAAUAGCUAUUUGGAAGAAAAAGGUAGAAGACAUGAGGAGAAUUUGUGAAAGUCUGGAGGAAAAACUGUCGUUUUAUUUGACUCACAAGCAACAGAUGGAUAUUGUAUCUACUGAGAAGAAAAAUGGGUUCGUGAAUAAAAUUCAGCAGAUGGGUGAAAAAUUACAAAAAAUGAAUCUAGAGAACAAAGAUCUCCGACAGAGAUUGAACACGCUCCUCAAACAAUAUAAGACUACCUUGAAGGAGGAGGAAGCUGUGACUCUGCAGAAACAGAAGAUGUCUGAAGAACAUCAAAAACAGGUAACGCUUAUUACUCAGAAAGAAACCUUCCUAUCACAAAGAAAACUCGACAUUAAAAAUAUGGAAGAAGGAUUUGGAACCCUUCACGAUCUUAACAUAGCAACACAGGAAGUAUAUCGAAAGCAAAUAAAAAUCAUGACUGAAAAUCGGGAAAGAGAAAUUCAGAGAUGUGUCAUAAAUCAGUGGAGAAUACUCUGUUCAAAAAAAAGACACGAACGUUGGCUACUUAAGAUAAAGAUAUCCUUAAAAAAAAUUAUAACUGAAAUUGAGAUUGCAGAAGAAAAGAGACUCAAGUUACUCCAAGAGACAAAGCGCAGACAGAAGGAGAUCAAUCGUUUUGUGCACCAGAUUGAGAAGAUUAAAGAGCAGCUCAUGGACAAGGAGAAGGAAUAUGUCAAAAAAGAAAAACGGUUAAUUGAAGAACUAAGCAUGUACGAGGAUCUAAUCAUAAAGGAAACACGGAUUAACAAAGUAAAGGAAGAGGAACUAGGUGACACCCUCCCACAGCUUGAGGUAGCAGAAGAGGAAUUCAGAGAAAAAAACAGGAAACUCAGGUCCCUCCACAGUGACAUUUCAGCAAAGAGGCAAGAGGAGAGAUUAUUGACCAACUACAUUUUCCGCUAUAGAAAGGACAUCAUCAGAUGUACCGACAACACGGAAAAUAUGAAGCGAGAAAUAAAAUAUUUACGAGAACUUGAAAGUGAAAAAACACAAAAGCAUUUUGAAAUUCUAAAGAACUUAGAAAAUGAAAUCUAUGUAAACGACCAAAAGUUGACCCUUCUCGUCCUGGAAAAUGAAAAAUUAAGAGAAUAUCUUGCCUACCUGAAGAAACAAACUCAAGUAUAUUCGUCAAAGCAAGUAGUAACCGUACAGAACUCAGGUGACCUCUCUUGGCAACUGAUAGCUCAGCACUCACAGUAUUCAGAUCUUCUGACAGAAUUUCAGAUCGUAAUUAAGGAACUGGUGGAUGCUGGAGAAGAUACUUUGCAAGAAAUUAAGUCUCUGGUAUCGAAGCUGCAGUACAGGGAUGAGAAGAUUGAGUCCAUUAGCACCUGGCUACUUGAGGGAAUUGGAAGGCUUCGUCAUCUAAUGGAAGAAGAGUCACCGUCUAGCCUUAGUAAAGAGGACCUUCAGAAGCUGGGAAAGAAGCAAAAGACUCAAAAAGUUCGUUUUUCCCCAUCCGAUCAUGCUAGGAGAAAUACAUUAAGCCGGAACUGCAAAAUGUUAAAGAAACAACCGAGAAGCCAGGAGAAGCCCAGGUCAUGUAAAAAGCCAAAUGUCCAGACAACAGAGACAUAA